AUGGAGCUAGAAUGCAAGAAAAAAGUGGAAGCAAGCAAGUACGUGACGGUACACGGAAGAGAGUGGUGGAGCACAACCAAAAUGGUGCCGGAACGCAGGACGUCGUUCCGGCACGAAAUCCCCGGCGAUGACAGAAAUCAGCUGGGAGCCCGGGAAACAUCAUGA